AUGGCAGUGUUUCUCACUGGUUCUGGCCUCAUCGUCCAAGCUGUGCAGCCGGGAACAAUUACCAGUAGAAGGCCAGGGCAUUCCCCCCUCGUGAGACGCGCGGAGGCCUCGCCUGACCUUCUCGAUAAAUGGACAAGGGCUACCGCGUCAAGGACGGGCACGGCUAACGAAGCAAGUUCAAGCAAUAAGAAUUGGAACACUGAACGUUGGCAGCAUGAAUGGUCGAAGCAGGAAAGUGCAGAUGUCAUGGAGAGAAGGAGAGUCGGCAUUUUAUCUGUACAGGAGACAAGGUGGAAAGGAAAUAAAGCAAAGGACAUUGGCAAUGGCUAUAAGUUGCUUUAUAGCGGAGCUGAUGAAACAGGAAGAAGUGGUGUAGGGAUUGUCAUCACUAAAGAAAUGAAAGAAAAUAUUGUGGGCAUUGAAAGGAAAAGUGAGAGAAUAAUGAAAGCAAGGUUGUGCUGUGGUGGUCAUAUCUUGAAUGUAGUAAGUGCAUAUGCACCACAGACCGGGUGCAGUGAAGAGGUGAAAAAUAAGUUCUGGAGAGAUAUGGACGAAGUCAUGACAUCAACAGAAAUAGAAGAAAGACAACAUAAGCUAGUAGUGUCAGAUCUCUUGUUAAGACGAGUUGGAAUGGGUAAAGAGGUAGUCCAACUGAAGAUAAAGUGGUGGCAAUUAGAAGAACAAGAAAUUAGAGAGAGAUUUAAGGAAGCAGUUCUUAGGGUCUUCAGAUUGGCAGAAGAUGUGUGA